UCCCGCUUUCCCCGGGAGAAACAUGGCCGGGAGCAGUGAGGAGGCGCCAGACUGCGGGCGAGGCGUCGUGAUUAUGGACAGUUGGCCCGGGUAUGACUUGAAUUUAUUCACAUACCCACAGCACUAUUAUGGAGAUUUGGAUUAUGUCCUUAUACCUCAUGGCGUCAUCGUGGACAGAAUUGAGCGGCUGGCUAAGGAUAUUAUGAAAGACAUAGGAUAUAGUGACAUCAUGGUCCUGUGUGUGCUUAAAGGAGGUUACAAAUUCUGUGCCGAUCUUGUGGAGCACUUUAUGAACAUCAGCCGAAAUUCAGAUCGAUUUAUCUCCAUGAAGGUUGAUUUCAUCAGACUAAAAAGUUACCGGAAUGACCGAUCCAUGGAGGAGAUGCAGAUAAUCGGAGGAGAUGAUCUUUCAAAGCUGGCUGGAAAGAAUGUUCUCAUCGUUGAGGAUAUUGUUGGAACUGGGCAAACCAUGCGAGCGCUACUCAGCAGCUUAGAGAAAUACAAGCCCAACAUGGUUAAGGUGGCCAGUUUGUUGGUGAAGAGAACACCCAGAAGUGAUGGCUUUAGACCUGACUAUGCUGGAUUUGAGAUUCCAAACUUAUUUGUUGUGGGAUAUGCCUUAGAUUACAACGAAUACUUCAGAGAUCUCAAUCACAUAUGCGUGAUCAACGAACACGGUAAAGAAAAAUACCGAGUCUAAAGACAGAAACUCUUACCAUACAAUUCCCAGACACCACCAUUCGGAGGAUGACGCUCAGGAAGCCAGUGGCAAAGUGGGUCUCUCCGGGCGUCUUCCCUCAGCAGGACAUAAAAGAAAAAUUGUUUUAAUGAGAGCAGUUUCUUUUCUGAGAUUAUAGUAGAAAGAGUACCAAAGGUUCUUAAGGAAGAGAAAGCAAUGCCUUUAUCUGACUUGCUCCAAAUUCAACACUCCGCCUUAUGACUCAGCCGUGCUAUCUGCUGUCACAGGCCUGAGCUGUAUACACCUUCCUUUGUUGUGAUACAGUCAUUAAGCUUGAUUACGAUGCCCAGGAUACCCCCACCUAGUUACUCAAAUAUUUUUCCCUU